GUGUUACAAUAUCAAGUGAAGCUAAAGAAGAGCUCCUCGUUUGGAUUUCUAGCAAUCUUAUUUUUUGAGAAAAAUCAUCAAGAGAUGGGAAACAUCAUUCCAAUAGACUCGCACAGGAAAGAGCGAAUUGAAGAUUUAGCCAAGGAUUUCUUGGGGACUUUUUCCCAGGAGUUUAUUCAGGCUUAUGGGAUUGAAUUUGCAAAAGCAAAACUGGCGGAUAUUGAUAAAGAAUCGUUUAAGGAAGAUGGACCCAAGAGGGAGCUUACGUAUAGAAAGGAUAAGGUUGAAGAGGAUGAGCCAAUAAAAAAGGGAUAUCUGAUCAAACAAGGUGCCUUAGUUAAAAACUGGAAGAAAAGAUACUUUGUAGUCAAACAAGAUUACUGUAUAGAAUACUAUGAGAACCAGGAGGCAUUUGAAAAGGGUUUUAAGGCUAAAGGAGUGAUAUGCCCAGCAGGAUAUGAAGUGGAAGAGGAUGCUGAUAGUGCUAUUAUUGAGCGUUUGAAGAAAGUUGCUAAACAGCUUGGUAUUGAUGAGAAGGAAAUACCAAUGCCGGAGAAAUACCCUGAGCACACCUUCGAACUAGGACACCAAUCCCGACGGCCAUUCUACAUUACUGCUGAAAAUGAGGAAGAGAAAAAGAAAUGGCUGGAAGUAAUGAAGACAUGUUGCAGAAAAUUCAAAGGAUUCAAGAAUCCUGACCUAAUCAGUAGGGCUGCCUUUAAAAGUGCAUACAGGCGAACAUGUUAUAGACACUUGUAUAGACACUACUCAGAAGACUAUGGAACAGAAGAACAGGUCAUGACUGCUUCAAUCGUUAGUGAGAUAAAUAACAGAGUUAUGGGAGAUGUGUACCAUGAUCUAUCUACUCUGCCUGGAGGGUACAAAGUCAGAAACAAAGUGAAAGAAAAUGUGACCAAAACUCUUGAUUCUCUUGUGACGGCCAUGGUUAUACCUUCCUACAAAGGACAAGUUGAAGCAACACAAAAGAUGGUUGGUCCAUUGGAUGAUUUGAUCAAUAGCAAGAAGGAUGAGAUGGUGGAAACCCAGAAAAAACUCACCCAAAAACUAUCAGAGGAGCUCGAUGACAAAUUGGGGGUGGCAUUCGAAGAUGUUAGAGAUGCUGUAAUAGCAAUGGAAACAGAGUUGAGGGAAAUUGCAAAAAAGAUGAUUUCUCCGCUUCGCGAGUACCUCUUGGUACAAAUCAUUGACGAGAUCAUAAAGAAGGCUAAAACUAACGAUGAUAUCGAGGCUUCUCUAAAAGAGUAUUUCAAGAAAUUGUGCACCGAAAGGAGUUGGAGGAGUAAAGAUUAUUGGUACCAUUACUACAACGCUGCUUGCCCGAUGGUGAAGGUCAUGGCAAAACACGAGGAGACUUUUGCUGGUUAUUAUAGACACUACACCACAGUUGAAAUUGCGCUGGAUACGAUGGCAGAGGUUUUAGAUGCUGCUGGUUAUACGUUUCAAGAACUUUUUAAGGAACUCAGUAAAGAAACCGAUGCUCUAAAGAGCGGCGAUACUGCCGCUGAAGUCAUGGUUAAUGUCAAGGAUGAAGUUCUGACGAGAUUCGACUCCGACGCGCAGAAUUAUGCAAGUGAAAUCAGUUACCAGAUCACUCAUGAAGCCGCGGUACAUUACCUGACCAAAACUAUGGAGCCCGUGGCCAAAGAUUUAUUAUCGAGUUUGAAGACGAUGAUCCCAGAUCCCAUCAACAAGGUCGUAAGUGUUCAGGAUCGUUAUGAGAUGUACGUCGAUCAGGUUGCCAAACGACUGGUAAAAAAGGCUAUUGGAAUUGACGUUUCCGCUGCUACACCAGAAGAAAAACCCAAACCUGCAGCAAAUGACGAAGCCGUGGAGGGAUCUGGAAAACCUGCUCAAGAAGGAAAGAGUGAUGAGCAGGAGAACGCCGCUGGGAAUGUACCACCCAACGAUCAACCUACAACUGAUUUGUAAAAGUGUAUGGUAUUUUUACAUUUAAUUUCAGUGGGAUCAAAAAUAUCUUUAUGAGAAAUUGCUUGUAUGAAAUUCUUAAUUCAUCGAGAUGUACGUUUAUAUAAAUGCAAGUCAGGCCUACAUUACAGACAUUAAGGCACAACGCAACUACGUUGAUAAGAAUACUCUGCAUCUUAUUUACCGGCGAAAAUCUUUGUGCACAAACUACUUUGUCAUGUUCGAGUAAAAUUCAGUCAUCGUCUUGUCUUGCGCUAAGGUUUUAUCAGAUAAAGACUUUAAUUUAAAACUUCUUAUAGUAGAAGCAAAACAGCAAAAUAUAUUUUUUCUAAACAUGCGCUUAUUUUUUUAUGUAUUAAGAAUUUAAUGACGUAUCACAAGCAGCGCGCGCAAUUUUGUUUUCUUGUUUUACCGCGCCCAAUAUCGCUGACCGCCGCAUAAGCUAUAGGUAAAAGGUUUAAAUUAUUAUUAGUGUUUUAUUUCGUUUUAUGUUCUUAGGAUCACUGUUUUAAUUUGUUUCAUGGCAAUUGGUUUUUAUUUUACUUGUCUUUAAUUUAUUUCAAAUAAUUAUAAAUUGCAAUAUUAAUAUGAUAAACUACUAAUAAAGGUUUUGUAAAUUCGAA